UUUUUGUGUUCUUUUAAAGAAGAGGGCUGGUCCAGACUCUCAGAAUUAAUCCCUUCGACUUCCUCUAUCAUUUUUACUGUAUCAUUCUUACUUCUGUGGAGACUCACGCAGCAUCUCUGGACUUACAGAUUCGGAACAACAAACACCAUGAAAUUCACGGUGUUUCUCAGUGGAUUCCUGCUGCUCUUUCUGCUUACUGAUUGGACAGAAAGUGUUGAAGGUGACCGUGUGGACAUAAAAACUCUCGCCCGUAUUAUAGGCUUCUUUGAGAAUAACUAUAAGAGAGUUGAUAACGAUGGGCAUCCUCGUCAGUACGCUGUGGCCAUCAAUGUACCGAAGGAACAGUGUCAACAGAACUUCAAUCCUACACCGGGCAACUUCUUGACUCAGGAGAAGGCAAACAAUGUGAAAAAUGCUAUUUCUGAUGACACAAAUGCACUUUACCAAGGUGCAGAGCUCAUCGCAGCAGGAACUAGAAAGGUUGUAAUCAGUAAAAAGAAGCAAUACAAUAUGCAUUCAGAGUCUCUCCUACUGAACAAGCCGCCCGAGUUGUCCAUGCCGCCCAUGACAAAUCUCUUGAAUAAAAGAAAAGACGGCUGCUCUGUUUUCUACACCUUUGACUCUCCCUGUGUUGACACAUGUCUAGAUGCGACAGGCAGUCACAGCAUUAUAAAGGCCCUGGAGAACUGGAAAAAUCACGAUGGCAUUAAAGCAUUUGUCUUCAAGAAUUUCUGGAAGUUUGACACAGAAAAAGAUCUCCAGACCAAAUUUAAGCAGAUUGUGGCUAAUAUUCCUCUCUACCGCUGUGUGAGUGAGAACGAGUGUUACGCUUGUGGAGGGGAAGGAAACACUCCCAUAGAUCAGCACUGUCUGCCUCAAAAACAGAAUUAACAGUUACGCAGUAGCAUUAAUUUCAUUCCUGAGCGCUUCUGUAUCAAGAUCUCUUGUUUUGAAAUUCAACAUGCUUAGAUGAACUAGUAAAAAUGCAUUUGAGAAAUAAUCUUGCUUCCUACUUAAUAAAAUAAUAAUAAAAUACUUCUGCUUGGCAAAUUUUGUGUUUGGAUU